AUGCCAAGGGCUCGUGGAUUUGAAUACUGGUUUGGUGGCAUCGAUCUCAAUGCAACUCCUGAAGCUAGUACAUCAGCUGAUCAACAUGCUGGGCAGCCACCAGAAGUCGGAGGCCAUCAUGUUGAUCCCCAAGGAGAUGAAGCGGGUCCUUCAAACAAUGAUCAGCAAGCUGAUUCGCGUGCACAGACUGGUGUUACACUUUCCAGUGAGGAAACUGAUGGUGAAGCUGAGGUUGAGUCAACACCUGAAGGAUAUGUUCCAAAGGUUCCAUUUGUUGGCAUGAUGUUCGACACACCUGAUCUAGCUUUGCAACACUACAAUAUAUAUGCUCAUCACAUUGGUUUUUCAGUGAAGAUAGAAUCAUCUAGGAGGUGUGCUAAAGAUGGAGAGCUGGAUAAAUUUGUUUAUGUGUGCAACAAAUCUGGGAAGCCUCGGGAAGAAGAAGCGGUCCCAGUUAAGCAGAGGAAUCGUAAGCUAACUGUGCUGACCGACUGCAAAGCAAAGCUUCGAGUAAAACGUGAUGGUGCUAGAUGGAAAGUUACCCAGUUUGUUGAGGUGCAUACACACGAGGUGAUUGACAAAUUUGCGCUGAAGAAGUACUUGAGGUCCCACAACAAGAUCCCUACAGAAGAGAAAAAGUUUAUCGACUUGUUCCAUGAAGUAAACCUUACUUCAGGAAGAAUCAUGGAAAUCAUGGGGGAGCUAUAUGGAAGCAAGCAGAAUGUCCCAUACAACAGCAAAACAGUUAGUAACUACACUGCAAAACUAGUGAACUAUGACAGAAUUAAAGAUAUUCCAGAACUGCUAGAGUACUUUGAAGAAAUCAAGAAAGAUGAUCCUAGAUUUUUCUACAAGUUCAAGCUAGAUGCAGAAAAUAAAGUGGAGAACCUAUUCUGGGUGGAUAGCAAAGCAAGAGAUGUCUUCCCCCUGUACAAUGACUCAUAUUUCCGCCACCGGUUUUUCCCGUUCCUUCAAACUACAUCUAGAAGUGAAGGGCUCAAUGCUGUUCUUAAGAAGUAUGUUCAUCCACAUGACAGUCUUGCUCGUUUCUUCAAGCAGUACAUGAAACUGCAGGAAAGAAUUGAUGUAACUGAAGAUGGUCAUGAGUUUUAUGGUGAUGAUAAGACAGUUAGGCUUUGGGGAGACUUUCUAUGGAGAAGCAGAUCCUUCAGACAUACACCAUGCCCAUCUACAACCGCUUUCAGCUUGAGCUUCGCAAUUACAUCCUACAAUGUUCGUGACAUUGGUGUUACUGAACAACGGAGCAUUCAUGAGGUUUUCCCAAUACAAGGAUCCGUGCGCGGGUACGGUAGGAGGAGUUAUCAUGUCGAUGCUGAUGUAGCUAAUGGGAUCUACAAUUGUGAAUGUUGCAAAAUUAACAGGGAUGGUAUCCUGUGCUGCCAUGCAAUGAAAGUUAUGUCACAUCUAGGGAUGGUUACAAAAUACCCAGAGCACUACAUCCUACCCAGGUGGUGUCUACCCCCUCCCGACAUAGUUGCACCGCGGGAUGAGAGGCAAGAAAAGCCUGUUGGCUAG